AUGGAUGCCGUGUACGCUAGUCCUCCACGUUCAGCCCAAGAUGAAAGACAUAGAGCCCCACCAGCAGGAUCCUCGAUCAACGUUCAGCUACGUGAACGCACUCUACGAUUACGUGAGGACCACGCCCAGGCAGUACGGAUGGGCACCAGCCCACUUCCACUUCUGGCAAUCCAAGCAGCCUAUGGCACGGGAAAACCCGUGGUAGGGGCCUACAUCGCCGCCCAACUUGCCCAACCCGUUCAAUUGGUAGUUGCGACGGCCACCACCAACGUCGCCGUCGCCCAAUUCGUAGACACCCUUCUAGCAAUAGAAGGGAACCAACACAACGUCACCGCCCUCCGCUUUGUGGCGGACUCGGCUCUACAGGAAGGCGCCCCAACGACUGCAGUCGACCUUCAUCGCAUACUUACCGGCCUUUUGGUCAAUUAUUCCGACUCACUGAGCCCCCAUGAACAGGAACGACUCCACCAGUAA